UUCACUUGGGAUAUCUACUAUUCGUUCGGUCGGUCGGUCGGUCGCUGGUUCGUUCCUCCCUUUGCCAGUGCCUGUGAUGAUGUGCUUUCCGGUUUUCUUUUUGUGAAUGGAAAUAGGCCAUACAAUCCGUGCUCUUUUCUUUUGCAGGUAUACAAAGAGCCCGAGUGAGUGUUGCUUUGAUCCACACGGUGGUGAUUUGGCUGUAACUUGAAACAUAGCAGGCCGGGAUUGUGCCAAAUCGAUUGAUGACCCUCCUGAGAUUGAAGUGAAAAAAGAAAUGUACAUUCCAGCAGGCGUCGGAUUAUCUGUGUAAUGUAUCAAAUCUGAAGAAUAGAUAAGGAAGGAAAGCGAGUGGAAGCCAUAAAAAAAAGUUGGAUCGCGACAAAGUGACGUCAGAUUUGUGUCGGAUAAAGGAGACAAAGUUUGAAAAGAAUGGCAAAGUGAAUGUGUUCGUCGGAGCGUGGCAAGUGGGAAAUGAAUGCUCAAACAGAGGAAGGAAAUCCCAGCUUUGUGUAGCGAGGCAUCUUUUUGUGUGAGAAAGUGAGGGCAAAAAUGUGUGUGCGGUCAGAUAUCCACGCUCUCCACGUGGCAUCUUGAAUGGCUCUGAAUAGCCAUACCGUCCUCGCGAGGUCUGUGCGGUGUCCAUUUGCAUACGUGAAAGUGGGGGGGAAAAACUUCUUUCAAUUCUUGAACAUGCUGAGAAAAGCGAAUGACAUCGAGGAUUAGUACUUGAUAAUGCCGACCUAGUCAGUACAAAUUUCGAAGGAACGUACAUCUUGUCGAAGAAUCCUGCGGUGAAUAUGGACAAAAGCAAACCUGCGUACGUGCUGAAUUUAAAAUUUGUGUUGUUCCAUGCGCCAGUGCUGAGGAUGCUGGAAGAACAUUGUGAGUGAAACGUGAUCGGAACGAAAAUUAAAACUUUCCCGGAUCGUUGUGGAGGUAUAAUCAACUAAUUUGAUUAAAAAAAUAACAGUGCACUACCCAGUAGGCUUUGAGGAUUAUUGCGGUGUCAUAGGUGAUUGUGAUGUUAGUGGUGCUCUUCGUUGAAAUACGCCUACGAUCUUACAACGAGCCACCGUACCCGAACCGUGCACAGGAUAGAAAAAAAAAACACCUUCAAAGCCAUGAGCAUCAAUACCAUUCCUCGCUUGAGUGACUGAACCUUGCUACUAAACCAAUCAGUAUGCUGGCGUCCGUGGUGUUCUAGAAAACUCAAUUUUCCGAUAUUUUCAAGGCUCAAAGGAAAAGUGAGCCAAUGUGCGUGUGAACAUGCCAGUGCGUUGAUAGCUACAACAGUGUAUGUAGUGUGAAGUACCGGAAUCUAGCCAUCUAUCAACGGCUUUAAAAGCCGUCCGGAAAACCGGCACGAAAAAGAGACAAUCUCCAUCUAUCCAGCCACAUCGAUUGUUGGGUGUGAAACUGGCUACGACACGAACAACGACGACGGCUCUGACGACGUCGAUGGUCGUUGAUGGUGCUAGAACGUGAAAGUAGCAGCAGCAGCAGCAGCUUGAAACCGGGACACACGACGACGGACGGAUAAUCGUUUAAGUGGAUUUAUUAUGAUUUAAAUAGAGGAUUAUCAAAGUGAAACGAUAUAAAAGAUGAACAUGAAAGCAAUACACUGCUCACUGAUGGCUGCGUUAGCAUUGAAGCUGGCUGGACUGUGCUAUAGUUGUAAGAUAUCGGAAUAUCCCUGCAAGGGUGGCGCGUUUUGUGUGCCGCUUGAUAAAUUCUGCGACGGGAAGGAUGACUGCGGGGACGGAAGUGACGAACCCAAGAUGUGUACAGUUUGCAACCGAACGUACUACGGCGAUAUAGGACGAACGUAUUCAUUAACGGUGCCACCACCCCAAUGGAGCCGGUUGCCGUUCCUCUGCCAUCUGACGUUUACUGCGUCCGGAAACGAGCAGGGCGACAUUGUUCAGAUCAUCUUCGACAAGUUCACCGUUGGCCGUUUCGACGAGGGCCUCAUCGAUCCGGACAUGGACUCGAGUGACGCCAGCCUAACCAGUGGGGGAGACCUUCCUGGCUGCCCAGAAGGUUUCAUGCAGCUUAGUGAACUGGGUCGUCCAUUCACCGGUGGCUCCUGGUGUGGCAAGGCGUCUGGCCAUCAACUGUACUUUAGCGAAACGGCAACGGUGACAGCAUCUGUCAAGGUAUUCAAGGCACCGAUGCAAGCCGUGACGCCGUUCGAGUUUCGCAUCCGGUACAAAUUCAUAAGUCAAUCAGACGCCAUUGUCAGGUACGGAUCACCGAACGAACUGCUAGAGCUAGGGAAGGUUAGCCCCGGAACGUACUGUACCCGGCAGUACGACGAGUGCUACAGGAAAAGGUGUCGACUUCAGAGUCCAAACUAUCCGGGAAUGUAUCCCAGGAACGUGACCUGCUACUGGACGAUUCGUCAGCGGGUGGUGCCAACCUGCAAGCACGCCAUGGUGGCCAUUAGUCAGGAGAACGAACACAAGGCGCUGGUAAAAAGGUCGAUUGCCAGCUUCAACAAGACGUCUCGUGUUGUUCGGGCGUGGUCCGAUUGUACGGGCGAGCGUGACCAUCUGAUCUUCUACGAUGGGAGUAGCACCAACGAUCCGGUGCUGGCUAAGUACUGUGGAGGCGAUUGGCUGCCCAAGGUGGUAUCCAGGGGUCCGGAGAUGCUGAUUGCGUUCCAUUCGAGUCCGUUUUCGGCCCCGCUGCAGUCCGGCCAGUCCAAUCGGGGCUUCGAGCUGGAUGUGGACAUUCUGUUUGCCGAUUCGGACUCCUACGACUUUGCCCAGGGAAACAAGUGCGAGUUUCACAUCAAUGCGUCCAAUCCAGAUGAGGUGCUAUACUCUCGACGCGGUAGAAUGGGACACUUGUUGAGCCCUCGCCACACACUGCCACCCAACACGACCUGCACCUACUACUUCCACGGUGUUCUAACGGAUCUGGUGUGGAUCUCUUUUACCAGCUAUCACCUGCAGAUACUACAGCCGAGCUCGAGCAGCGAUAAUUCUACAAUUGGAAAGAAUGACGCACCAAUUCCGUGGAUCAACCGUCUCCGUAUCUGGGACAGCAGCGGUACGUACGUCCCGAUUAAAACCACCUCUCCAUCUUCCAUCACAACGUCUUCAACCACUUCGGCGCAAACAUCUCCGUCUUCCUCGUCCUCGGUAGCCUUCGGUAGUAGCCCAAACGCAGCGGGCGUUACGACACCGGUCUUUACCGGAACGAGCACUACGGCGCUGUACCAGCAAAUGAUGAACCGAUCUGUGGGGACGUACUACGGAACGCUAAAUCAACAUGGUAAGAGUCUGCGGAUUAACAUAGACAACGUGUGGAACCCAGUCGAUCAGUACAUCUACGGCCCAACGGUGAACAGUAUCUUCAACCAGCCGCAGGCUCCACACCAUUCGCCGCAGCAGCAUCAUUCCAGUGUGAGUGUUGGAGGAAGCGGUUUGACCAGUGAGAAGGGACUGGUUUACGGGGGUGCUCAACAGGAUAAGCCUUCCAAAGGAAAAGGAUCUAAAGAUGGGUCCCGGCAUGGCAAGGACAAUGAAGUGUUCAAAGAACAUGGAGGUUCCGGAAAAAGGGACAAGUCCUCGCGAAGCAAUCGCCGAAUGGUGGCUGAGUUUUACGAUAAUGAAUCGCCGAAACUAUGUGAUCACGUAUCGCUGGAGAGUAAAGGUAACCGGAUGAGGCCUUGCACUCCACUGGAGAGCUACGUCAGUACCGGAAAUGAUUUGAAAAUUGAAUUCCACACAAUGACGGGAACUUCGCUGUUUCCGUCUAGCUUCGGAAUCAAUUACGAGUUCAUCGAUACGGAGUUGGGAGGUGAACCGUACCUGGAGCAGACUGACGAAGAGGUUCCUCUGCUUUGUUCGAGGGUGUUCCGCAAAAGGAAGGGUGAGUUUCAGUCGCCACGAAAUGUGUUCCUCCAUGGACGGGGUGGUGCGAAGAAUAUCUCCUGUCUGUAUCGGUUUGAAGCAUCCGUUGGAGAGAGGGUUCGUAUUGAGUUGUACAAUGUUUCUUUUGGGGAGUCUGAUUCCUGUAUUACUGAGUCGGAUGGUCACACGGGUAGAGCUCGCUGUGCUCCGUCAGAAACCAAUCUGGAUGGUCGUGUCGGUGAGCUACGGUUAUUCGACGUUCCGCAUAAGGAUGUCAAGAUCCCGCUGGGAUGUUUCUGCGAUAACACCAGCAGUUCGUACAACUCGCCGUUGACGUUCAUCUCAAACACUCGCACGCUGGAAUUGACCUUCGUGGUGACAAAGUUGAACAUCUCAGAGGACUUUGCCGACGUAUACUUCCACGCUUCCUACGACUUUAUCAGAGUUCCAGAGUGCCGAAAACGGUUGUUCUUGAGAGGAUCUGGUGGGGAAGAUGAAGUUAGCUAUCCUCUCCGAUCGCACGAAGCCAGCUGCGACGGGUUGCCAUGGUAUAUCGAGGCUCAACAACAAGACCGUAGUUUGUUCGUACAAACCUGGGGCAGUUCCCUAGCGCUGGAUCCCAUUCAGGAUGAAUUCUCCAAGUGCAAUACCCGCAACAGGCUAAUGGUGUACAGUGGGAAACCACUGAAGCUUAUCCAGGUCAUCUGCCCAUCAGCUCCGUCCAGUAGAGCAACACCGCUGCACAUCUUCUCCGAGGACUGGUUGAGCAAUCAGCCGUUCUUGAGUUCGGAUAGCAGGCCUGUCAGCAUAGUUCUGGAGCCCAUCCACAAAGAAGCCGGCAGCAUCGCCUUCUCGUGGAUGGAGAUCCAACACACGAAGGCAUCUUUAAUUCAGCAGCUCGAGCAGCAGACUAACACGACCGGAAACGAUACGCUGCUGGAGUUUGGACUGUUCCCGAGGGAGUCCGAAUGUGAACACCAGUGUCCCGAGAUCAAUGCUUGUAUAGCCAGCGAUCUGUGGUGUAAUGGUCACCCCAACUGCCCGUCCGGAUUUGACGAGAGCGAACAGGAGUGUGGCAGCCGACUGAUGGAGCUUCCGGGUGGCAUGUUUGCCGCCUUUGGUUGCCUAGCCGCAGCUCUCUGUGCGUGUCUCAUCUUCUGCGUCCUGGCGAUGGUCAAAAAGCGCCGAAAGUCCAAUGAAAAGUUGAAAACGGCGCCCAGCUCCCUGAACGGUACCCUCUCGAAGAAGGAUUAUAAGAAGGAACCACUAUUCUUCGAUCCGGACUCCUGACACGCGCUUCACCCGGUCGAAUACAUCCACGUCGACCGGGAAACGACCGUGUGACAUGUUGUCUACGUCGACAUGGACGACCUGGCGUACUGCUGAACGCCGUUCCCUCGCUCUCCGCCCUGCUGCAGCUCAGGUAGGUCCUAUGAGAAGUGAUUUCUAGGCUAAAAGCAAACACGAUGACCGACGACGGACAGAUUGUACAGCAAAUGACCCGCGCAGUGGAACUAAACUCGCGCAGAUGAAGAAUCUUAUAUGAAACCAAGUAUUACUCUAGGAGAUCUUUUUAAGCGUUUGUAAGAUUUUUAUUCUACAAAAAUCUUGUGAUUCAAUCUCUAAGUUUUCUAUUACACGACUAUUUUUAAUUAGUCUCUACCGGGGAAAAUUGGGGCUGCUCAGCAUGAAACGCAUGGAGGUAGGCUGGGCAGGUGUUGCGAGGAGGAAAAAACUAGCCAAAUAUUUUUUUAAGAAAAGCAAACACGUUACUUAACUGAAAGAACAAACUAUUACUAUUAGCGGAAAUGAUAACUAAAGAAGAAAAUAAUUAAAUUUGUCUACCGGUAGGUUACUUACAAGAUGACAAGACAGAUCACUAUUGAAUAGCUACAUACAUUAACACACAAACAACACUCGUAACAAAUAACACACAGAUAUAGAAGCUGUGAAAAGUGCACUCGUUUAGAUUUUCCGUUGAGCCGUAAAGUAACUGAUAUGAAAUUGGUUCCAAUGUUACCUGUAGACAAAAGAAAGAAUAAGGCUGAGGUUGAAAUGAUUGGAUUGUGGUGGGAGAUUUUCACAGGGUUUGUUAAUCAAGAGACAUCAUGAUGAACCUUUAUAUGAACUAUUUGUUUUCACAUCUACCGAAAAUUUUAGCCAAAGAUUGAAUGAUUUGAUAUUUGGAAUUGACAUAAUGCAAUUUUAUUGAUAACCCAUGGGAAAUGUGGCUGUCUGGUCAAACAUACAAAACGAGUUGGCUGGACGCUGGUCGCUGAAAGAGUGAUAAGCUGAACUGCUUUUUCAAUGCAAUGGUCAUAGGGAUUUUCAGAGGCAAAAAACCUCUGGUCACGUCUUUUUUCGAAAGAGAAAAAAAAUUAGUUGUUCCCAGCCCAUCUUUUGAUCGGUUCGAUCUCGUCAAAAAGUCAGAUGGGGAGUCACUUCACUGGUUUCGGUUUGGCAUCUACGUGGCGUUCCACUCCCAACCACUUUGAAUUUUCCAGCUCAUAUACAAAUAAUAUUUCAAAAUUCUAUUGCUUAUAUUAAUCCUACACCCAACCGGGAAAUGUAAGAUUUGUAUGAAUUUGCCAUGUUUAGGAACAUGAUCAGAUUCUAUAAUGUGGUAACUGGAAGGUUUUUAAAAUAUUUUUUUUUAUUUUUAUGUGAGCUUAUUUUUCGAACAAAGUGUGUUUCCCCAAUUCCAUUCCGUCUAGAAAAUCAUCUCGUGAAGGUUUUGUACAUAAACAUUAUGGAAAUACUUGCUUGCACGCUGCAGUUCAUUGCAAUAUCUGCCAUAAUAUUUGUUGUACUAAACAUUUGCAGAGAAUGUAAUAAAUCCAUCUUGCGUUGGAUGUUACAGAAAUUUGAUUUGCGUGUACCGAACCAAAUGCCGGCAAAUUCUACCAUCACAAUUUAGCAUUUCAACCUCCGAAAUAAUGAACUCCUUCUCUGUAAAUAGAUUAAUUGUACAACACGUGUAAAUACUAGUCAAAACAAAGAAAUUAAAUCCAAUCCUAGCAAUCAAAAUGGACGGAACUGUGUGUAUGACUGUGACCAACCGGUUGCAUACGUCCUUAAAGAAAACGAAUUCCAAAAGCUUAACAAAACUGAAGGAUUCUUUUUUAAGUUUGAUAUAGUUCACUAGCCUUCUCACAAACAAACCCAUACACACACGCACGUCGUGAAUUGAGAAAUUUCUACCCAUAAAUAAGAUUAAAAGGAAAAACUUAAAACGACAAAGCGUUCGAUCUGGUAGAAGCAAAUUGCUCACGGUUGAAAUAGUGUAAAUUUUGAAGAUGAGUAAAGUUUAAAUAUUUUUCUACUACCAAUAAAUGCAUCGGAAAAAUAAGGAUGGGAUAACUUACACCGGUUACAGUGAAAUAUGUACUCAAGUGUGUGAAAUUGUUGACAAGACCAAAAAACAAUUCCUUAUCCUCAAAAAAAAAACACAAAACAAAAAAGAAACGCCAAAGUCAAAAGCCGAUUCGCGAUAGAGGUUGAUAUGAGAUUGAAAGGGUGAGAAAAUAAAUAAUUAAAAGAAAAUAAAUUGUAAGAGAUCGAAACUACUGCACAGAAUCUUUUCAGGCACAAAACAUAAACAAAAUAAAAAUGCAACCUACGAAAAAAAAACAACAACAUAAGAAAAGUAAAAAACAAAUAAAACUAAACUAACUGAUAUUGAAAUUGUAACUGAGCAACCAAGAUAGAGAAUUAAAAACGGAGAAAUUAGUUGCGAAUAGGUGGUCGGAAGCCACAAAAACCAACUGCAAAACAAAGAAUAGAACAAAUAAAAAAUUAAAACAAUAGGUUCCGGCUCUUACAGGAAUGCAGCGGAAGGUGAAAGAAAAGAGGAAACCUGUUUAACUCCCCAAUAUUUCCGUUCCCUUCUUCGCCUUCGGGGCGAGGAUACUCAAUCAUUAGUUAUCUGCAAUUCGAAUGAUAGUUACUAAAGCGAAUUUAUUCCAUUGUGAAACAAGUCAAGAACACUGCUGGAUAUUACAGUGGAUGCUUAGGAUUAACUUACCUUCUAUGAAUAGUGCCAUAUAUUUCAAUUCGAUUGUUUCCUAGUGUCAAGGGAUGAGAAAAAAAACUACCGCAAAAUUGGUAAACGGUUCGGUUAAAUAUUUGAAUUAUACUGCCAUUUAGUGAACUACGGAACUGUUUUGUUUGAUACGUUAUCUUUUUGCUCUUUAUUGAUGACGGAAAAUGCAUACACACUGUCAAAAAUAAUGCAAGGUGCCGAGGAG